AUGGCGGUAGUAUGGUAUCCUAAAAUAACCUCUACGAAUAAAACUCAAUUAAAUUAUUGGAUUCAUGCAAGGAAUGAUAAUUAUACUUUUAUUAUCAGCACCGAUACUGGUUUAAUUCGCCUAGCUCAUCCACUUCAUUACGAUCAACAAAGCCGAUAUACAUUGCAUAUAUCAACGACAAAUGGCUACCAAGUAGCCAAGUGUACGAUUGAAAUUUUUGUUCGUAAUGUUAAUCACUAUUGGCCCCGAUUUCUACAGCGUCAAUAUCAAGCAAUUGUUUCACUCACGACACCAAUUGGUUUUACAGUGUUAAUGUUGAGAGCUAUUGAUAAAGAUCUAACGGAGAAAGUAACUUAUUCACUGGAUGAUCAUACACCUGAUGUUAUUCGAGAGUAUUUUAAUAUCGAGAAAGAUACUGGUCGAGUAAUAUUAAUGAAACAAAUCUUGCCUUAUCAACAACAGCAACAAUUUACAUUUACUGUUAUAGCUUCCGAUAAUGGCCAACCACAGCAUGAAGAUGCUACACGAAUAUUGAUACUUGUUCAUGAUAAUAGUUCAGAAGGAACUUAUUUAAAAUUUGCUCAAUCACACUACACAUUUCAAGUUCCUGAAGAAACAAAGAUUGGUUUACCGGUCGGACAAGUUGUUGCAUUAGUUACUUCGACCUCUCAUUACUCGUUAUUACCAUCGCCUGCUAUAAAAUAUCGAAUUGUUAACAAUGAAAGUGAUUCAACAUUUUGUAUCCAUGAAAAUACUGGAAUGCUUUAUGUAAAUAAAGCACUAGCUUUUAAUACUAUUAGAAAUAAUGAAACAAUUUUAAAUUAUCGCUUUAUUGUGAUGGCAUCAAUCUUUUCUGAAAUUAAUAUUACUGUUCAAGUUACUGUUUCGCCGGCAAUCCUCUCCCAUAAUCAUGUGCGACCACGAUUUCAACAGCGAUAUUAUACAAGUUAUGUCAAAGAAGCGCAACCAGUUAAUACAUACGUAACUCAGCUAUCGCUUGUUCAACCACAAUUGAUAUCUUAUUCAAUUGUAAAUCAAACUAUCAAUACUAAAGAUAUUCCUUUUCAUAUUGAUCCAUUAACUGGAAUUGUUAGAACUUCAGUUCCAUUGAAUAUACGAAAGAUGCACCGCUAUACAUUAGGAAUUGCUGCUCAAGGGAUAAAUCAACUACAGGAUCAAUGCAUACUUGAAAUAUAUGUGCAAGAUAUAAAUAAUCACCAUCCUGUUUUUAUUAAUCAAAGUUAUUUUGUGGGAGUAAUUCAAGAAGAAGUGCCACUAGGGAGUUUAGUUUAUCCCUUUAAACCUUCAACAUCAAUUGCAAUGAAUCCUACAUCGAGACCGUUACAUGUCGUAGCUACUGAUGAUGAUUUUGGACAAAAUGGAAAUGUUAGCUAUAAAAUUGUUUAUCCAUUAGAUCACUCUCCAUUUCGAAUUAACGAUGAUGGAACUAUUCAAACGCGUCAACGAAUUAAUUUUGAAAAUCAGAAAAGCUAUACCUUGUUAAUUACGGCAUAUGAUCAUGGAACACCUGUCCGCUAUUACAGCCGAAGACCUGCUAAAGUUAUUAUUCAUAUCACCGAUAUUCAUGAUCAACCUCCAGUAUUUUUACAUAAUCCAUAUCAGUUUCAGUUAUACACACCAACUUAUGCAGGUGUAACAGUAGGCAGAGUAAGCGCACAAUCUCAUGGUUAUGGAGCUCAACCUGUAAGAUAUUCCAUUAUGACAAGUAACCAUUCUAAUUUUGAAAUUAAUGCUCAAAGUGGACAUGUUAAAGUUGCAAUCCAAAAUCAAUUACGUCGUGGCACUUAUGAAUUAGAUAUACUAGCAUACGAUCAAAUCUAUCGUACUUUGGGCAAAGUAUAUAUUCAUGUCUUACCUUUAAAAUCCACAUUAAGAUUUCAUCAAUCAAUGUAUAGAGUAAAACUUAUGGAGAACCAAACUACCAUUCAAUCAUUAAUUAGAGUAACAGCAAUUGGUACACAAGUUACAGAUCGGGUCGAAUAUAAAAUUUUAAAUGCCAAAGAGCCACCAUUAUUUCAACUUGAUCCAUGGAGUGGAGUCUUAACUAGUGUAGGAUAUCGAUUCGAUAGAGAAAAAACUCCUUAUUAUGUAGUUGUUAUUCAAGCAAAGGAUCAUCGCAUUCCAUCACGAACUGCACAAACAUUUGUCAAUAUUACUAUUGAAGAUCAAAAUGAUAAUUCUCCACAGUUCCUUAAAUCACCCUAUUAUCAAGUAAUCUAUCGAUACUGGAAUGUAGGAUAUCGAAUAAUUCGAUUGGAAACGUUCGAUCCUGAUCAGCAGUUUGAAUACAAGCAAAGAAAUUUAGCGAUUGUAUCUGGUAAUGAUAACGGCUUCUUUCAUCUCGAUUCUCAAAGUGGAAUUCUAUCUAUCCAAAGAGAUCUUACUUCAGCAUUGCCUAUGUAUCAGAUGAUAGUCCGUGUACAAGAUAAGAAUAAUACUAAUUUAUUUUCAACAAGUCGGCUACUCCUUCGAAUAACAAAUAACACCCAGCCAUUAUUUGAAUAUCCAGCUUACACAGCUAAUAUCAGGGAAGAUACCGCUAUUGGUACUACAAUACAACUCGUAAGAGCUCAAUCUAUUAAUAACAAUACUUUAACGUAUACAUUUGAAGAUACUGAUGAAUUAAAUCCGUUAAGUAUUGAUUCAGAUGGUCAUGUAACUCUAAAAAAUGAAGUUGACUAUGAAUUACAAUCCACAUAUAAUUUAUUCAUUCAAGCUAAUGAUCCAGUAACUCAAUUAACGACGGUUACCACACUCGAUCUACAUGUUAUUGAUAUCAAUGAUCAUGCUCCAAUUUUUCUGCAUAAAGUAUAUGAGAUUUCCAUUAAUGAAUCGUUACCUAUUGGGGUAAUUGUUUUACGCGUAACGGCAAUUGAUGCAGACGACGGCCAAAAUGGGAAUAUAACCUAUUCACUUGUAUCGUCUGCAUCAUCAUUACAAGAUCAGCAACUAUUAACUUCUCGAUUGCCAUUUGAAGUCGAUCCACUGACUGGUAUUAUAAAAGUAGCAGGACCUUUAGAUUAUGAACGGAAGAAAGAAUACGAGUUUGAAAUUAUCGCCCGGGAUUUCGGUCAAUCUCAGCGGCUUUCUGAUACUACUUUAGUUUUGGUUCAUAUUUUAAAUACCGAUGAUGAAGCUCCACAAUUUGAGCAAGUCGUCUACACCAGUCAAGUUGAUAUUAAAGCUAAUAUUGGACAAUUUAUAUUAUGUGUUCAAGCUUUCGAUGAAGACGAGAAUAGGCAAAUUACCUAUUCUAUUCAAUAUGGCAACUUUAAUUCAACGUUUCGUUUGGAUCCAUUAACCGGUGUAAUUUGGCUAAAUCGCUCAUUAGAGCAUCAUCGACCCCCACUCCCAACGUAUACUUUAAUUAUAGCAGCUACAGAUGGUCGUUUAAUUGGCCAAACCAGGGCAAUCGUUCGCGUCCUACAAAGAGCUGAGGAUCAUCAGCCUAUAUUUUCGCAAAAUCUAUAUCGAGGUUCAAUUGGAGAAAAUCUACCCAGUGAUACGUUGAUUACAACUGUCAUGGUCACCAAUCAAUAUAAUCAGUCCAUUGAUAUAGAGUACUAUUACAUUUUGGACGACUAUGCAAGGGAAUUGAUUACUAUUAAUCGACUGAACGGACAGUUAAGAAGUCGAAAAAUUUUUGAUCGAGAACUUCCGUUGCAGCAACGAAUUCAAUUUGCUUUAUAUGCUAAAACGUCUAGCUGUCGUAUCGCAUGGACGGAAGUUGAAAUUACUGUUUUGGAUGAAAAUGAUAAUCGACCAUUAUUUUUAUUGCGGCGUUUCCAAGGUUUAUUACCAGUUGGCAAUGGUACUGGUGCUAAAGUCGUCACUGUUAAAGCUUUAGAUCGUGAUAUUGACAAUAAUGCAAUGAUUCGAUAUCGAAUCGACACCUCUAGUGCUAAAGAUUUUUUCACCAUCGGUCGACGUUCCGGCAUUAUCAGGACAUUAGGCAAUAUUAAUUCUAUUAUGAGUUUCGAUUUUGUUGUACGGGCAACAGAUAUUGCUGAUACAAGAUUAUAUUCAACAACACAAGUGUCGAUCUCGAUGUAUGAUCCAAGCCAGAUGAAACCUGAAUUUCAGCAUGCAUCGUAUGAGUAUAGAAUUAGUGAGGAAACAUCAAUGAAAACGGUUAUAACCCAAUUAAAAGCGCAAUUUAGCAACGAUAGCAAUCGUAUUUUGUCGUAUAAUUUAGCCAACGGAAAUUGGUUAUCAACUAAUAGCCUGCAAAAUUUUACAUUAAUCAGCACAACUGGGCAAUUGGUUACUGAGACGCUAUUAGAUCGUGAGAUAGUGCAAACUUACAAUUUAUAUGCUGAAGCAUGGGCAUCACGUCAAGUACCGGCAUUAACUGAAAUUAAAAUUACCGUCUUAGAUAGUAAUGAUAAUGCACCCCAGUUUACAAGCCGUUCCUAUGUCAUAUGCAUGGCAGAAGAUGUCCCACUCCGUUAUCGAGUGAUUCAAGUUAAGGCUUCUGACGCAGAUUUAGGUGAUAAUGCAACAUUUCAUUACCAGUUUUCUCCUCCAACAUCAGACAUAAGUCAAUAUCGUCGAUUUUUUAUCGAUCCGCAGAAUGGUUGGAUAACUACUGAAGGACAAUUUGAUCGUGAACAACAAUCACGUUAUGAGUUAAGAAUAGAAGCACUAGAUCAUGGCCCGAUAAUACAGCGAUCAUCCUAUGUGAUAGUUACUAUUGAUAUUGCUGAUGUAGACGAUUCACCGAUACAGUUUAGCCAGCCUAGUUAUCGAGUUGAAGUUCGAGAAGAUGCAACAAUAGGGUCUAGCUUAUUGCAAUUACAAGUAAUCGAUAAUGAUUUAUACCAACGUCAUCAAGUUAACUAUUAUAUUAUACAAGGGGAUCGAAAAAGAUACUUUCAGUUAGAUGAGAAAUCUGGCCUGUUGACUUUGAAGAAGAAAAUUGAUCGUACAGUUCAGUUGGAUUACCAAUUAAAGGUGAUUGCAUCUAGUGGUCGCCAUUGGACAUCAACACAAGUUAAUAUCACUGCUGUAGAUAUCACAUCUUAUAUGCCAUCGUGCCGACGAGCUAACAUUAAGAUGACGUUACCUUAUCAUAUUGCUGUGGGAACACUCAUACUUACGAUCCAGCCUCAGGAUAUACAACGACAAUAUUACAGUAAUUAUACUUACACAAUAUAUGGUGGUAGUAAAGCGUUUCGAAUUGAUCCUCAUCGUGGCCAAAUUAGAACAUUAACUGAAUUUCAACGAUAUCAACCAAAUUAUGAUUUGAUUAUUAUAGCCACUAAAAGCCCUUCACAUAACCCGCCUUCAUGUCAUAUACAAUUGCAUGUUCAGUUUAGUAAUAUUGACAAUAAACCACCUAGGUUUAUAGCGACAAAAUAUCAGGCCACCCUUAAAAGCUACGCCCCUAUCAAUCAUUUGUUAUUACAGAUUAUGGCUAUUGAUAAUGAUGAAGGUCAAGCUGGUAAUUUAACUUAUGGACUGAUUGAUUCUGUAAAUGGAACAUUUGUGUUAGAUAGCCUAACAGGUCAAUUGUAUCUUGGAAAAUCGUUAAUGGAACGCCCAUCCUAUAAUUAUACGUUGCUUGCUAUUGCUAGUGAUCAUGGUGAGCCUAAAAUGUCGGCAACAACGAAAAUUAUUGUAUCAGUGUUCAACAUUCAAUCUUUAUUGCCUCAAUUUGAACUAGAUUAUUACAUGGGUAUUGUUUCUGAAGAUGCACUACCUGGUACAUGGAUUGCUAAUGUAAAAGCUAAUCCAGGAUACAAUCAACAUUAUCAUUAUGGACCGAUUAUGUAUACAAUUAUUCAACAGCAACCACUGCAGAAGGGUAACGUCUUUCAUAUAGAUGAAAAGACUGGAAAUGUUACAUUACAGCAACAUUUAGAUUAUGAAAAAGUACGAGAUUACAAUGUAACGAUUAAAUGUUAUUAUGAGGAUGAUGAAAUGUUGUAUGAUACUGCGACGUUAUUAAUUCAUAUCAAAGAUAAAAAUGAUAACCGGCCGCAAUUUUCCCGAUCAUCCUAUAUUGUCAAAAUGCAUAAAUUAACAUCAGCUGGUACACCAAUUGUUCGCCUUGUUGCAUAUGAUCGCGAUAGCCGUGAAAAUGCCAACAUACGUUACUCAAUUCUUACUCCAAAUCAAGAUUACUUUAAUAUGGAUUCUAAUACAGGUAUUAUAACGUUAGCUCGAGCGUUGGAUAAG